GAGUAUAAAUACUGUAUGUUUGUUCGGUGUUUACAGACGCUGUCAACAAAUCAACAAGAUAAGCGCAACACGAAUAAUGCCCUCACAAGUUGCCGAAGAAACCAUUUAUAUUACCCUUCGUGACGGACGAAAGAUCGUUGCUCGCCCAACUGACCGGAACAUAGAUAGAGAAACCGUUUACAACUUCCGUGUCGAAUGCGGCUGGGACAUGGACAAGGUGGACGACUGGUUUGACAUGGUUGAGAAUGGCUUACGUCUAGAAUACCUGGCGAUUGGAGAAGACGGUGAACCAGUGGGUAUGAUUGCACUUGAUUUAGAGGACAUGCACUAUAAAGACGUUGAAGUAGCAUCUCGCGCCACCAAAACGGGAUGUGUGGCAAGCUUAUACAUCGCAAAGUCCAAAAGAAAGGGAGGUGCGGCGUUGGCUCUCAUUGAAUAUCUGGAGGUACAAGCCAAAGCAAACGGCGUUGAACGGAUUACCAUGAACACAUUGCCUCAUAAUGCAACAAGUAGACACAUCUUUGAAAGCUUAGGAUACAAGAAAUUCAAAGAGGGACUUCGCUAUAAGGACCCUUUUUCCGAGGAAGUAUUAGAGGCUGUAUAUUAUCGCAAGCAAAUACAAUAGUCAUGGAAGUCGAACUAUUUGAUGCAUAAAGUUUUUUUUAUUAAAUGCUUUUCUGUAUAUACAAUAACGAGAAUGAGUGUGUACUUUUUAAAAAAAUGUUACAAGUGAUAAACUU